AUGUCUUCGAUACGCAUCAAACAGCUCGCCCGAUCCGCUACAUCCACCCCUGAGCUCAGUGCCAGUCAAAGGUCCUCACCUGCGCUCCAGCAGGUCCAGACCCCGGAGGAAGAGCUGCCCAGUUUCGUCCUCGGCGCAGCGGCGCUGAGCGGCGGGAGGCCGAGACUGCCCGAGUGCUGGGCGCACCGCGGGAACAGCAACAAGUAUCCGGAGAAUACCAAAGCGAGCUUUAUUGAGGCGUGUGAGCUGGGCGUGGAUGGCAUCGAGACUGACCUGCACAUCACGACCGACAAUGUCGUGCUCUGCUUUCAUGAUCCUGAGCUCGACACCAAGACUGAUGGAAAAGGCAAGAUCGAGUUGCAGGCGUGGCGUGGUCAUCUGGAGCAUGUACGGACCAAGCAGGCGCCGGUACAGCCUCUUCCAUUCUUGUCAGACGUGCUUGAGGUGAUGCUGUACCCGGGCAACGAGGCUGUCAAGCUGAACCUCGACUGCAAAGUUGGGAUUGACCCGGAGCGGCUCUUUGUGCUCAUCCAAGGGGUCCUCACGACUUUCGAUGAUUGGGAGAAGCGGCUCGCACCUCGGAUCAUCCUCGGUCUCUGGCAUCCGAAGUUCCUGCUCCCCGCCGCUCGCCACUUGCCAUACCUCCCGCGAUACGCCAUCUCCAUGACGUUGGCCGACGCCAAGCGAUACUUUUGGAACUCGGUCCACGGGUUCUCGAUGUACUACGAGGGGCUCGCCACUCGAGAAGGGCAGCUCUUCAUCGCUGAGUGUAAGGCAGAAGGGAGGAGUGUCUGUGCGUGGACGGUGAAUACCAAGGAGGGCAUGAGGGAGUGCGCGCGCUGGGGCAUCGCGAGCUGUAUCACGGACAGGCCGGAUCGGUGGAGAGAGGUUGCCGCUGAGUUCGAAGCGGACUAUGAGGGUGCGAUGAAGCCGACACUGCAGACGUUCCUGCUACCAUGGCUAUCAAGGACGGCUUACUCGUUUGACAUCGCCAGAGAGGCCAAGGAUGAUAAAGAGUAUCUCGAGAGGGAGGGUGGCAGGUUUGAGGACUGGGGAGACGUUCAGACAGGGCUGCAGAUAGCUGGUGCGGAGUGA